AUGGGAGCCGGAGCCUUGAUUCACAAUGCACUAAGUAAACUGUAUAAUGUAACUAAGAAGAACCAGAUAGCUGAUCAGAUACGAGACAUGCUGACUGACGAAGGUUCGCCGGAGAAAGUUCAUAUCAUAUCACAGUACCUGGAGUUGUUAGAGACCGACCCAGACUCGGAAUAUAGAUACGAGAAUGAAGAUUGGUUUGAAGGUUUAAACAAGAAGUAUAAAACAAAACAGGAGGUGAUGAGACACAAUGCUCAGACCAGAAUCAGGAGUUACUUUAACUCGGCUAAGGAACAGAUAGAAAAAGAUAAUGAUGUUGGUGCUAAGGAGACACUGUCUGAUUUAGUAGACCAGCUUAAUGCAACUUUGAAGAAGAACGAUUUCCAUGGAGCAUAUUUUGAUCGUACCGCCAAACCUAAUGACCGUCUGUGUGACAAGAAAGGCUGGUUUCAGUGUGAAGGACCAUUUGAUAGCGAGAGAUGUGAUAGUUUUCAUACAAUAAAUCCUUAUGCUUCGAGAGGUUAUCGGCAACUGUUUGGGUUGUGGAAUUUAGAUCAUGUUAUAGAGAAAUCUAGAGAAAUUUUACCGACAUUAAUCGAGGCAGCAAAGACCAGAAAGAAACACGAGCAGAUCAACUGGGAGUACGUGUAUAAAUUAUUGUUUACGAAGAAUAACCUGAAGCUCGUGCAAAUUGGCUGCCAUAAAAAGGCUGCGAGAACUCAGACUUGCAGUGUACAAGAUUUCCUCAUUAGCUGAUGAUCGGUUUGGGCAUGGAUAAUAGUAUUUCAUGUUCUAUACUGCCCUAUUCUGCGGUAUAGAUUAUUAUUUAUUUAAAAGAGAUAGAUGACUUAAGAGUAUAAAUCACCUGGCCCUGUGUUUACUAAGAUUAAACCAAAACUCAAAUACAUGUAUUCUCCAUUGUAUCGUCGUAAAUUAAAAUAUUUAUCUUGAUCCUAAAAUUGAUCCAAUUAUUUUUGUAUUUGUUCUGUUAUUCAUUGAUUUUUAUCUCAAAAUAGGUUUGCUUCUUUGCAUUUUGUUUACAUUUUGAAUAAUUUUUAUGUUCCAUUCAAUUCUAGCAAGAUAAAAUCAAUUUGAGAGUUUUAUAUAACAAUGAAAAUACAAUCAGGAUCUUUUUAUCCUGAUCUUUUUCUUAGUGAACACACAGCCUGUAUUGUAGACAGGGAUUCACAAUACAUUGACACUAUUGUUUUUAUCAGUACUUAAAAUAUGGUAAAUUUAACCAUUGUUGUCUAAUCCACUUUAAUGGCCGUCACUUUCAAAGAAAAUUUCAAUCUUAAAGUUUAAUAACAGAAAAAGGAAUUAUAGUUGUCACAGGAUGUAAUUUCUACUUGCUAUUUAAUUUGUCUUUCUCACAAAGGCUUUCUGUUCGGCCAUCAUAAUGUUAUUCUUUUUGUAUAUCAUUUUCAUAUUUAAGAAGGUUUUUAUGCCACCGCAGCAUCUGCGAUGCGGUGGCAUGUAGCGAUUCACCUGUGUGUUUGUGUGUUCUAUAGAUUAUAUAGUGAACUUAAAAAAUCUUCUUGUGAAAAACCACUAGUCCAAUUUCAACCAAACUUGGCAGGAUUGAUCCUUGGAUGAAGGGCUUCCAAAGUUGUUCAAAGAAUUUCAUUCCAUGCAGAAAUCUGGUUGCCAUGGCAACCAAAAGGAAUUAUAAGAAUAAACUUAAAAAAUCUUCUUGUAAAGACCCAAAAGGCCUAGAGCUUAGAUAUUUUGCAUAAGGCAUUGUCUGGUAGACCUCUACCAAGAUUGUUCAAAUUAUAGCCCUGGGGUCCAAAUCGGCCCGGCCCCAGGGGUCAUUGAUUUUCACUGUAUGUACAUAUAGUAAAAAUUAAAAUACCCUCUUGUCUGAAGGUACUAGGCUUAGAGGUUUGAUAUUUGGUAUGUGUUAUUAUCUAUAGGUAUUCUACCAAAGUUGUUCAAAUUUUGCCUCAAGUGUCAAAAUCAGCCCCACCCCGGGGGUCAUAGGUUUUCCUUAUAUGUAUAUAGUAAAAACCAGCAAAGUCUUGUGAAUCAGUACACUAGGGAUAUGGACUAUUUGAAAAGAAAUCUGAACAUGGCUGAACAGCUUAUUGAACAUUAUUCAAACUGGCUUAAGAAACGUCUUUUUGUAAAAUGAGCACGUUUUGAUAUUUUCAGUUUAGAUCUGAUGUUUGAAAUAAUAUUUUUGGUGAACGCAAUAUCGUGUGUGAAAAUUCUAUAUUACCUACUUGUUUAGACGUAACAGCUAAACGAGUGGGGGGGAAUUUUUAAGCCUAUGCAGAAUUCCUUUGCAAACCCUUUAGUCAAACAUCAAACAAAAAAGAGAGAAAUGGGGCCGUUUUAAUACAACAAAUAAAAAAAACCCAUUAUGUUAGCGACAUGAACAUAGCUUUACC